UAGGCCAUUCGGUAAGUGAUUAAAUGGGAGUGGAACGAGGAUUGGAGAAGUAAGAAAGCAGGCGGUUGGCUUGCCGCAGCUGAUGAUGAAGAAGUGGAAGAAAAAAAUAAGGUUUCGGGGGGCCCUGGGUCAGGAAGCCCACUCCAAUCCCUAACCACUUUUCAGUGACCUUCAGUGACCUUCAGUGCCUUUUUUUUCUGUUUCCCCAGGACUCCAUCCUUCCAGCUUCCCAUUCUCGCCUCUGUGGGGCAAGCAGGGAGGCGCCCGCGAGUGGGGCUGGUGGGGUCUGAGGCCGGGGUUCAGGAGAGCAGCCCCAGGGCAGGGAAAGGGGGCUCUGAGUGGGGGAUCCCCAUCAAACUGUGCUCUCUGUCGAGGAGCAGAGGGGUUUAAUGGGUCAGAGGGAACCGGGCUUCCAGCUGUUGAAAGCACGGGAGGCCCGGGGUCAGGCACAGAGGCCAAAUCAGGUGGGGGCCCUGGGAGGGUCACAGAAAGCUGCUAAGCUGGAGGCAGAUGGGAGCCGGGCCUGGUGUGUGGAGGAGGGGAAACCUGGUGGCCAGCGCCGUUGACCCGGGCCGGGUGGAGUCGGCCUCUUAGUGACGGUCGGUAGUUGGAGAGACAGGAGGGCAGGGAGACGCAGGCCCCAACAUGGCAGCCUCUCAGCUGGCGGCCCUGGAGGAGGAGGAGAAUGGGGAAGGAGGAGCCAGGACAAGGCUGGGGCAGCGGGAGGUUUCGUGCUACUCGGAGGGGCAGCGGCUGGCGCUGGAGGUCCUGCUGAGCGAGGGGGCCAUGGGCUACGGGGCCUUCAUGGCCCGGGAGGGGAUGGUGCCCUUCCUGGGAGCCGAGGAGGCCCGGGGCCUGGAGGCCGUGAUCGAGGACUGGAGGCCCCAGGGGGAGGGGGAGGAGUGGCGUGAGGGGGAGGGGAACGGCGGGGACAGCCUGACCUACUGGCCCGGCUGCACGGAGGAGUCCCCCCCGAAGCUGGCGUUCGGAUGGCCGGAGAACCCCUCCUGGAAGGGCAUCAGCAGGGCCCGGCUCUACACCCACCCACCCGGUGAAGGGGACCCGCCCAUCAAGGAACUGCUGAGGACCUCGAUCCAGGAGGCCAGCAAGGUAGUGGCCGUGGCCAUGGACAUCUUCACGGACCCUGACCUGCUCCUGGAUCUCUACAGGACAGCGACCCGCCGGAGGGUCCCCGUCUACCUCCUCCUCUGCCAGAAGCACCUCCCGGCCUUCCUGGCCCUGGCCAAGCAGCUCAACCUCAGUUUUCAGUCCACUGAGAACCUGGAGGUGCGGGUGGUCCGUGGCUGCUCCUUCCAGAGCCGGCAUCGAAAGCAGGUGAGCGGGGAUCUGAAGGAGAAGUUUGUGCUGCUGGACGGGGACACGGUCAUCACCGGAUCCUACAGCUUUACGUGGAGCGAUUCCCGGCUCCAUCGGGGCCUAGUGACUCUGCUGACUGGGGAGAUUGCCAGUGCCUUUGACCAUGAGUUCCGGACCUUGUUUGCUGCCUCCUACGCCCUGCCAGAAGAACCCAUGCCCUUCCAAACCCUUGGCCGGUCCCCGAGCCCCUACAUGCCGGAUGGGGUGCAGCUGGCCUUUUCCGGGCCCCACCAUAUCACUCAGCGCCACACUAUGGUCCCCGUUGUCCAGCCGCUGACAUCCUCGCCGCCGACUAGCCACGGCCCUUUCUCGGGGAGACCGAUCCCUGGGUCAAAGGGAAUGGCUCCUGGAUCUGGGUCUUCCCUAGUGACUGCCUUCGUUCCCCAAUGUCCUCCAAUGAAGGCCCCACGACCCCCAUCUUCCCAAGUCACGUUCCAGGGAACCCCACCUCCAGGGAACUCAUUCGCGUUGGCGGCAGCCCGGAGACCCCCGUCUCCAGCAGGGACGGCGAGCCCAAGUCCCCCAGCCAUCCUCCUUCCCGACGACUCUAUCCGCCACCGUCUGGCCGUCUGCCGCACGUUCGAAGGCCCGAGGAAGGUGAGGGGGUCAGAAGAUCUGGACCCGCUUCCCCCUGGCAACCUCCCCGCUGGCCCAGCCCUCAGUGACAUCAUGCGCAGCGUCCAACAGAGGCGCCUACCCUCUGGCCCCCCUGCCCGGCCUAGUCGCUCGCUUUGGGAUCUGAGCCGCCUGUCCCAGCUGUCUGAUUCCAGUGACCAGGAGGAGGAAAGAACCAAGGAGGUUUUGCUGACCUGGGGUCACCGGGACACCCCGGCCAUGGCGCUGAUGAGGCAGCGGGGAGCAGGGCCCCUACGAGAGGAGAUCCAGCCCCUUCCCCCACUUUGGGGUGGCCCCACCCGGCCUGCCAACUUCCGCCAGUACCACCACUGAGACCCCAGAUAGACGCCAGAGGCAGAUGGGAGAGAUGGUGGGGAUGCGGGGGUGAUUUCCUGAAACUGGACAAAGGCGCACUUGGAGGACCUAGACUGACUGAGGGCAAUGCUGAGCUGGGGGCCAUGAGAUUGCUCAGCAAUGCUUCUGGGAGCUGUGAGGUUGCCCAGCAGGGCUCCCAGGGGCCAUGAGGUCACCCAGUGAGGCUCUUUGGGGCCAAGAGGUCACCCAAAGAGGCUUCCAGGGACCGUGAGGUCACCCAGGGUCGCAAAGACAGCAGGAGAGGCUUCCAGGGGCCAGGACCUGGGCGCUGCCACGAGCUGGCUGGGCUGAGCUGUCGGGUGUGGAUAUGAAUUCCCGGCACCGGGCCAGGAAGCCCUUGAGUUGAACUGGGUGGAGGGGUGAUGGGACGGGGGCCUCCUCCAUCCACCCACACCCAGGAAGAGGAAGGGUGGCAGGACAAACUGGGAUUAACUGGGAGCCUGAGGCACAGCGACCGGAAGGAAUGCAAGGGAAGACCUGGGGGAAGUGUGGGAGUGGACAGAAGGGUGGGGGCGGUGGUCCAGACUGAGCUGAGGUUUUCUGGGGUGGGGCCGUUGGGAGAAGGCGUCACGUCAGGCACAGGUAUGCCUCUCCUGGGUGUAUUAAAAGCAUUUGUACUUCC